AUGCAUGCGCUCCGCACCAGCGCGCGCGCAGAAGCUCACAUCGCUCUUCUUCUCGACCGCUCGCCCAGCAUCAAACACCUUGCGUGCAUUCACGCCCUUGUCACCAAGACCGGCCUCGCCGACCAUCCAUGGCUCCGCGCGAAGCUCAUUGCCCUCUCAGCUCUCUCUCGCUGCGGCAGCCUCGCCCACGCCCGCUCCCUUUUCGACACGACCGCCGUGAAGACCGCGUUCCUCUACAACACCCUCAUCCGAGCUUACAGCUCCAGCGUCUUCCCCAUUGAAUCCAUCCACCUCUACAACCAAAUGUGCGUCUCUGGCGUGAGCUCGGAUUACCUCACUUUCCCCUUUGUUCUCAAAGCGUGCGGUAGAGCCGAGGAGGGGCACGCGAAGAAGGGUGCAGAGAUUCACUGUAGGAUUGUUCGGAUUGGGCUUGGUUGUGAUCUCUUUGUGCAGAAUGCUUUGAUCUUCAUGUACUCACAGUGUGGUCAGGUGGAAAUUGCUCGGAAGGUGUUUGAUGAAAUGACUGAGAGAACUGUUGUUUCGUGGAACACUUUGAUUUCCGCUUAUGAUCGGUGUGGUGACUUUGAAUCGGCCGACCAGUUGCUGUGCUUGAUGCCAGAGAAGAAUGUAUCAUCUUGGAAUGCAUUGAUUACUAGGUAUGUUAGGAUGGGCGACAUUGAUGCUGCAAAGAAGGUUUUUGAUGAAAUGCCACAACGGGAUGCAAUAUCGUGGAAUGCAUUGAUAGCCGGGUGCAUUAGUAUCAAGAAUUACCGAGAUGCGCUGGAGAUUUUCAAGAUGAUGCUACGAAGCAAGAUAGAGCCGACGGAGCUUACAAUUGUGUCCAUUCUUGGUGCGUGUGCGGAGGCGGGGGAGUUGGCGAUUGGAUUUGAUAUUCAUGACUACUUGAAGCACAAAGAGCUAAGAAUUGAUGGGUUUGUGGGCAAUGCACUUAUUGACAUGUAUGCAAAGUGUGGUGAUUUGAGGAUGGCUCGUCGAGUAUUUGAUGAAAUAGGGAUGAAGCAUGUCACGAGUUGGAAUGCGAUGAUCGUUAGCCUGGCUGUUCACGGGCAUUGUGAAGAAGCUCUUGAACUGUUCUCUUGCAUGGAGAAGGAGAAUAAUCGAAUUGUGAAGCCGAACAAUGUCACAUUUUUAGGAGUUCUGACUGCUUGUAGUCACAAAGGUCUUGUGAAAGAGGGACAAGUGUUCUUUGAUACAAUGAUCAGAGUGUAUGGAAUAGAGCCUGAUAUCAAGCACUAUGGAUGCAUGGUUGAUCUUUUGAGCAGGUGCGGUCGGCUCCUAGAUGCUUACCGAACAAUCAAAGAUAUGCCGAUCGGAGUGAACUCGGUGCUGUGGAAGACUCUGUUGAGUGCUUGCAGAGUCCAUGGAGAUGUGGAGUUAGCUGAGUCUGUAUUUACGGAACUUACUGCAUUGGGGCAAGUUUGUGAUGAAGAUUAUGUUCUCAUGUCGAACAUUUACGCCGAGGCGGAGAGAUGGCAGGAUGUUCAUCGCCUGAGGGGUGGAACAAUUGGCCGGAGCAUUCUAAAGCCGGCGGGAUGGAGCCAGAUUGAGCUCAAGUGACUAUGCUAAUACCGGCUGUUGGUUGAUCAAAGAAAUAAUUACAAGGUUUGACUACUGCAUUUCGGUAAAUUAAUAAGUACAAAUCUAUUAAAAUCACAAAUUUAAGAUACAAUGUAGACGUCGACAGAUUGUGAGUACAGAUUUGUGAAUUUGCCGACACAUAAUGUCAUUUUCAACUUGUCAAAAUUCAUUAGCGGAAUAUCGUUCAUGUUUGUUGAAUGAGUUCGAUUUAGAUUAUUCGGUCUUUAUUCUUAUGAAUGUGAUAUUAAUGUUUUAUA